CACCACUGCAACACUCGCCCGGUCAUCCACUUGGCACGCUCGAUCGGGUCGACGGAGCCAAGCAACUUGCCGCGGCAAUUAGCUCCCGUGAGCUGACGUCUCGUGCUCGACGGCUCGGCUCCCUCUCUAUAUAAAAGCGUAGUGAGCUGGUAAAAAUUUCACAAGGGCACGCGCAUCUUGUCUCGGCGAAGAAAAGAGAGAGCACACGCGGUUGAUUUGUUUGACCGACGCGUGCGGCGCGGAAGGCGAGCGAGCGGGGGGCCGGCGGCAUGUCGUGGUCCGAGACGGACGCCGGGCUGUUCGCGGCGGUGCUGGGCCACGACGCGGCGCACCACCUGGCCACCACGCCGCCGCACCUCGACGCGCCGGAGGACGCGGCGGCGGCGGCGGCCUCGGCCGAGCUACAGCGGCGCUUGCACGACCUCGUUGAGCGGCAGGGAGGGGCCUGGACGUACGGCAUCUUCUGGCAGGAGUCCCGCGGCGCCGGUGCCAGCGGCCGCGCGGUGCUCAGCUGGGGCGACGGCCACUGCCGCGACGGUGCCAUAGGCGCCGGACCCGGUGAGGUCGGCGCGGUGGAGAGGAGCAUGGCGCGGAAGCGUGUUCUGCUGCGGCUGCACGCGCUGUACGGAGGCGGGGACGAGGAGGGCGCCGACUACGCGCUCCGGCUCGACCGGGUCACCGGUGCCGAGAUGUACUUCCUGGCAUCCAUGUACUUCUCCUUCCCGGAGGGCUCGGGCGGACCGGGCCGCACGUUGGCCUCCGGUCGCCAUGCCUGGGCGGAGGUAGACCCCCACCCCUCCGGCUCCGCGAGCGCGCCAGGUUGGUAUGUUCGCUCGUCUCUCGCGCAGUCCGCGGGGCUACGCACCAUCGUCUUCCUCCCGUGCAAGGGCGGCGUCCUCGAGCUCGGUUCCGUCGUAGCAAUCCGUGAGACUCCCGAAAUCUUGCGCGCCGUCCAAUCCGCCUUGCGCGCCGAGCCUUCUCCGCCGGAAGAUUUCAUGAGAAUCUUCGGCAAGGAUCUCUCACCCGGUGCUCCAAUGCGACCGGCCCAGACCAUGGGAUGCGACGCCCCUUGGACGCCGCGGCUCACCAGCCAAACCACGCCGGCACGCCCAGCCAAGAGGGAGGUGGUCAAGGCCAAACCAGCAAAUUCCCCCAAGAGCAUAGACUUCUCCAAGGCGAACGUGCAGGAACAGGCCGGUGGCGAGGAGCGGCGUCCGCGAAAGCGGGGCCGCAAGCCGGCGAACGGGCGGGAGGAACCGCUGAACCACGUGGAGGCGGAGCGGCAGCGGCGGGAGAAGCUGAACCAGCGGUUCUACGCGCUGCGCGCGGUGGUGCCCAAGAUCUCCAAGAUGGACAAGGCGUCCCUGCUCAGCGACGCCAUCGCGUACAUCCAGGAGCUGGAGGCCCGGCUCAGUGGCGGCGCGCCCGUGCCCGCGCGGCCGGCCGUCGAGGUGAAGGCAAUGCAGGACGAGGUGGUGCUGCGGGUGAGCACGCCCCUGGACGAGCACCCGAUCUCGAGGGUGUUCCACGCCAUGAGAGACUCCCAGCUCAGCGUCGUGGCGUCCGACGUGGCGGUGUCGGACGACGCCGUCACGCACACGCUCAUGGUGCGGUCGGCCGGGCCGGAGCGUCUCACGGCGGAGACGGUGCUCGCGGCGAUGUCGCGGGGAGGGAGCGCCACCACCCCCUCCCCGUGACAGUGCAGUAAGUUAGACCAGCACUACCCUCGUGCGUACAGCUACCAACUUCCAUCCGUCUGUGAGUCCUAGGUAUAGCUAGGUUAGCCUACUCCUCCUUGUGUCCGCAAGGAAUUAACGACAACGUACAUGGUACCCCGUUAAGAAAAAAAAACAAGAAAUGCACCGGCCAAUGGAGGCAAAGAUGAAAUUUAUAAUUCGUUUUCCUCAUUUGUAUGUUAGAUUUUAGAUGCAUGUACACAAAUUUAGCCUGAAGCAUCGUAUAAGAGUUUUCCAUAUGUUAUGGCAAUUGCAUGUUCUUGCUGUCGAUAUAAGCUUUUGUUUUCGCCCAAUGCGUGUUAAGAGCAAGUAUAAUAGUAGGCUAUAAAUUGACUAUAAACUGACGUGGAGAAAACAGAUAAUGAAAAUGAAGUGGGGUCGACUCUUAUGCAAGAGCCAGCUAUACACCAAUUCUAAAAAAAUACAUUAAAUGCAAAGGUAAAAAAAA